AAGGGGAAUAACAACACCCUCCUUCUGAAAGAGAACUUUCCGUAUAAGAAAGAUCUCUGCUAUCAAACCGUUCUAGAGUACAGAUCAUUAGGUUAGAAAAUGAUCAUGUUUUAAUUGGUAGGAAUUUUGAAUUUUCUGCUUGUGCUUGUGAAAUUAAUAUCUUUGGGCUUCGAGCUGAGAGUUUGACACCUAUGGAUUUCUAUCCACUCCAAGAUUUAAAAGUUAAUAAGUCUUUGCUGAUAUCUCUUGAAACUAUUACAUUCCAUGGAUAAGAAAGAACGAAAGAAAGAGAGUUCUGAUGUCUAAAUGUUAAAUUGUGUUGAAUUGAUAGGGUAAUUGUAAGUCAUUACUGCGUACAAGUUCGAGAACUUGGGUAUAGAUUACAAGAAUUAAUAUCAGAAAGCUUAGCCCUGGAAAAAGAUUACAUAAAGAACGUUCGCGGGGAACAAGGGCUGCAUAUGGCUGUGAACUAUUACCCGCCAUGCCCGGAGCCAGAGCUAACUUAUGGAUUGCCUGGACAUACAUACCCCAAUGCUCUCACGAUUUUACUUCAAAACUUGCAAGUUGCGGGCCUUCAAGUACUCAAAGACGGCAAACGGUUGCUGCUAAUCCCCACCCAAAUGCUUUUGUCAUUAACAUUGGUGAUCAAUUACAGGAACGUGUGGCAUCGGGCGAUUGUGAAUGCUGAUAAGGAAAGGAUGUCUGUUGCCUCCUUCCUCUGCCCAUAUGACCAUGCCUUGAUCAGCCCUGCAAAACCUCUCACGGAAGAUGGAUGUGGAGCUGUAUACAGGGAUUUUACUUACGCAGAAUAUUACAGUAAGUUUUGGAGCAGGAACCUGGACCAAGAACAUUGUUUGGAACUUUUCAAGAACUAAUUCCAGCUUCAUUGCCUAGUUCUUCUAUUCUAUCAUUUUCUUGACUCGUCAGUUAUUGCCUGCUUGCUGCCGGUUAAAAUGCCAUGCGUCUGUUGUACAGAGGCGUUAUUUUUAUUUUACAAAAAUGCAUAACUGCAACAUUGUUAGAACGCCCCUUUAUUAUUCAUUGCAGUGAGCCAUUUUUCAAUGCAGCAUAUUGAUGUAUGUUGGCCACCAUUUUGGAAGCAGACUGUAACUUACACAUAUGUAGAACUUCCAAAUUUCCGCAGAAUGAGGUUUGAUUCUUGGUCCACAAAGAAGCAUGGGAUCAUUAUGUACUGAUGUUUCACUUCCAUGUAUUAUUGUAUUCUAGCACGUAG